UUGUAGGUAGCCAAAUAUGCCAGCCAGAAGUUCAUUGACUCCAUGUGUUUAGAGUACUAUACUACUCAGUAGUCUAAAAUGUAUGUCCUGUAUUUGUAGGUAGCCAAAUAUGCCAGCCAGAAGUUCAUUGACUCCAUGUGUUUAGAGUACUAUACUACUCAGUAGUCUAAAAUGUAUGUCCUGUAUUUGUAGGUAGCCAAAUAUGCCAGCCAGAAGUUCAUUGACUCCAUGUGUUCAGAGUACCUGUUGUCUUUGGUGGCCAGACAGGGGCAGUUGUGGACAGAAGAUGACCACGCAGAUAAACUACUGGACAGUUUGAUGUUGAAUGUUCUACUGGAGCAGUUCUUUGGAGUCAGUGGAGAGAGACAGAGAACACUGGAUAACUUGCCCCUCAGGAAACUCCACGAGAAGAUAGUGACAGAUGUGGCAUUGGAUGUCCUGCUAACACAGCUGUCCCAGGCUUUGGAUGAAGACAUGGCUGACCUGGAUGAGUAUGAGAGAGGCUUGGACAUGACCAGUGCCCUUAAGCCUUCAAGGUAGCAGUGGAAGACAAGAAAACUGAGAGGAUAAUGCUGUGACCAGGAGUGAUGAAUAUUUAAC